AAAAGCAUGUUAACAUUUUACUUCAAAAAAUUAAAUUUUAUGUUUAAUUAAAUUUUGUUUUGAGUUACCACUAUAUCACUAAAAAAGUAGCGAAUUGUUUAAACAAUAACGGUAACGGUUUACUUUUUAGAAUUAGUAACUUAUUAGUAACGAAUUUAAAAAAAACUUUUGCAAUCCUUAUCAUAUAUAUAUAUAUGAUACAGAGAUUUUUAGAAAUCUACAUUUUUAAUAGCUGACCAAAUGAAACGUGGUGAUUGCUCUUGCUUAAUAUCUGGUAAAUUUUGACAUAAUUAUGGCACAUUCUUUUUCCGUCGUCACUUUUAUGCGAAAUACGAACUACUGAAAAACACAUUACAUUAAAUCGCAUUAUCAAGUUUGAAGGAGAAAAAAACGUUUUAUUGUUGCCAUAAUUAUGCUGGGAAAUGCAUAUAUUUAUGAGAGAAACAGAGUGAGGCAGAUAUUUUCGUCGAAUAUUCUAUUUUCAUUAACGGACAAAUGUUUGAUGAUAAUUCGGCGACGCAUUCGUAAUAACGUGGCAAACACCGCAAAAAGACUCACCCGGGGCGGUGCGGGAAUAAAUUUUUUAUCGCUUUAUGACUUUGCAUGUAUACCAAAUGCCCAGAUGCGCUCCUUUUGUUAGAAUUAUUUGACAUAAUUUACUAGCUCGCGAGUUUUAAUGGAAACGUAAAAUGGCAUAAUACAAUCUACAAACGUAACGCAUAUAACACACGGGUUUUAAUAAGCUGCGCGAAUGCAAACCUGAGCAAAUUCAUAUGUAAUAAUCUUUCCCAAAAAUAAAAUAAGAUCAUCCGUCGCGAUAUGGAAAGAUAAAAAUAACAAGUACGAGGCAGAGAUAGAAAUUCAAGGGUCAGAGGGGAAGAGGAAGGAGUCGUCCUUCCCUCCCCGCGGCCCCUUUCUCUCCCUCCCUCGCGGAGAGUCAGUGGAAUAUCGUAGAUACACCUCUAUUCUGUUUUCCCCCGGAAAAUCAAUAUCGGAGGUCGGCAGCGCCUCUCGGGGGUGAGGUGGCUCUCGCCGGAGACAAAUCUCAGUGUCCGGAAAAUCCCCGCCGACUGGCCGCGGAGCAUCCCCCGCGAAAAUUCGCACUACCCCGGGUCUCGCGCCGCGCGUUUUCCCGUCGCGUAUUCCCGUCGUCCCGUGAGCGACGAGCACGGGGCCCGCCGAGAGGAGGAGAGGCCCGCGGUCCCCGGCCGAGGGUGCCGCCGCCGAUAAGGGGUGAAGGUGUCGCGAGCCGAGUCCGGUGCAGCAGAGAGGAAGGGAGCUAACCUCCCUGACGGGAGGACCUCGUGUCGAGGACGCUUGGAGGCGCGUUUCGCGUGUAUAAUCCCGGGUUUCUUCAGCUACGAACGUCCAGGUUUCGCGAUCGGCGACGGCGGUAGCUUCGAUUUUUGUACCCCCUCUCUUUCGUUCCGAGUGCACGGGGAACGGGAACGAAGGGUGUAAUCCGAAGGAGCGGAAUGAAUAAUCGCGCGUCGCGAACAGCGGCGAAGACACCGGGGAUGAUGACGGACCGUCGCCGGAUGGCGGACUUGAUUUGCGGAAGAAGCGGUCCACGGCAACGAUCGCGUGCAACGUUAGCGUACGCCCUGCUGCUGAUGGUGUGCGCUACGUUAACGGUAUCUCACUGCUGCUACGUCUUCCCGAAAGAGAUCAAGGAUCCCUGUGACAAGCUGAACUGCUCGCAAGGCUCGCAAUGUGUGCGAAGCAGGGACGGCAAGGAGGCGUCCUGCCAAUGCUUGCAAUUCUGCCCAAAUUUGGGGGAUCACGAAGGAUCGGGACCUGUCUGCGGCUCGGACGGAAUCGACUAUCCGACGCUGUGCGACCUAAAUCGUGCCGCUUGUGAGAAUCACACUAACAUCACCGUGGCAUUUCGUGGCAAAUGCGACCCGUGCGCAACCAUCGAGUGCUUGGAACCGGAAAUCUGUCAGCUGAACGGUUCGAGACAGCCGUCCUGUCGCUGCGGGGAACAAUGUGGCGUCGAACUUUCGCCGGUUUGCGGAAGCGACGGGAAAACGUAUUCGAACGAGUGCAACCUUCGACAGGAAGCCUGCCGAUCGAGAGUGCCGCUCAAGAAGAUGUACAACGGCGCCUGUAGCUCCGAACAAAAUCCCUGCGAAGCGGCGAAAUGCAGCUUUUACGAGCAGUGCACGAUCAAUCGGCAAGGGAUCGCUACAUGCGAAUGUCGUCCCGAGUGCGAGCCGGUAAUGAGACCCGUGUGCGCCCGCGGCGGAACAACCUACACGUCCAUGUGCGAGCUGAAGAGGCAGGCGUGCCUGACGAGGUCCAACAUCGAGGUCGCCUACGUCGGCAUAUGCGGCUCCAAGGGACCCUGCUCCGAGAAGGUGUGUCAAUGGGGCGCAAUUUGCGCGGAGAUCGGUGGCAGUGCUGUGUGCGAAUGUCCGACUUGUCCAGCAGAAUUUCAACCCGUAUGCGGCGAUGAUGGCAUCAGCUAUAGCAACGAGUGCAAGCUCCGCUUGGAGGCAUGUCAGUAUCGACGUGAGAUACGCGUUCUGUAUCAAGGAUUGUGCAAUGGCUGCGAGAACAAGGUGUGCGAAUUCUACGCCGAGUGCGAAAGCGAUAACGGAGAAUCCAAAUGCGUCUGUCCGUCGAAGUGCGAAACUUUGGUGAAGGAACCGCCGGGCGCGGAAAAAGUUUGCGGAUCUGACGGAGUGACGUACGAUAACGAAUGCGCCUUGAAAAGGGCGUCGUGCACGAGCCAGACCCUCAUCAACGUUUCCUACGUGGGUGCCUGUGAAUUGUGCGUGAGGGUGAAAUGCGAUCACGGGGCGCACUGCGUGGCGGGUGUGUGCGUGUGUCCGAAGGUCUGCCCGGAGAGCAGCGGCGAGCUUGUUUGCGGUAGCGACGCGAAAACUUAUCAGUCCGAGUGCGAGCUGCAGCGGGCGGCCUGCGGCAGGGACCCCAAGUUGCCGGCAUUGCACGUCAUAUUUUAUGGAGACUGCAGCGAGAGAUUGGCCGCGGCGGCGUUGACGACGAAGUCGACGCCCGCGCUGACUCGCGUGGUCACCACCAUCACAGACGUGACUAGCACGCAAGAACGCGAGGCGUGCAAGGACAUUCACUGCGACUUCGAGGCUACCUGCGAGCUCGGCCCGGACAAAUUUCCCAGGUGCAGCUGCAGGUUCGACUGCGCCUCCAUCUCGGCGGAGAACAUGCGACCCGUCUGCGGCAGCGACCUCAGGAUCUACUCCUCCCUCUGCGCCAUGAAGAUGGAGGCCUGCCAGAGGCAGCAGGAGCUCAGGCUGCGACCCCUCGACCUCUGUCAAGGUAUGGAAGUCAAGCCUUGUAACGGUGAUCCUCCAUUGACGGACUCCGAAGGCAAAGAGUACGACUGCGGUAGUGGACCAGAACGCAAAGACUGUCCUAGUAAUAGUUAUUGCCAUCAGACAACGCGAUUCGCUCGUUGCUGCAAGAAAGUUCACGGUAUCCAGGUGACAAAAUGCGAAGACUCGUGGCACGGCUGCUGCCCGGAUGGAAAGACCAUCGCGCUCGGUCCGGACGGGGCGGGCUGUCCGAGCUUGUGCGGCUGCAACCGGCUCGGCAGCGUGUCCGAUACUUGCAACCCGGAAACCGGUCAAUGCGAGUGCAAGCCGGGUGUGGGCGGUCUCAAGUGCGACAGGUGUAUGCCGGGUUACUGGGGGCUGCCGAAGAUAAGCGAGGGUCAUCAGGGAUGCAUACCAUGUGGCUGCUCACUAUUUGGUUCCGUUAGAGAAGACUGCGAGCAGAUGACAGGACGUUGCGUCUGCAAGCCUGACAUCCAGGGUCAAAAGUGCACAAUCUGCAACGACCAUAACAAGAUACUCACAACUACUGGCUGUUACUCAGCGGACAUGAUACCGCCCGUGCCGACGAGCUGCAACGAGCUGGAGUGCUACUCGGGCGGCCACUGCACGGAGAUCGGCGGCGUGCACUGCGUCUGUCCGUCCGCGUGCCCGGCGGACGUCCCGUCCGUACCGGUGUGCGGCAGCGACGGGCAGACUUAUGACAACGAGUGCGAACUGCGGUUGUACGCGUGCGGCCACCAGGCCGACGUGGUCACGCAGGCCUUCGGCCACUGCAGAGACGAUCCCAUGGUUAAUACGGACUUCCCCGUUAAGAGAUACACAGCAGUACAAUACACUCAGCCAGCGGCCGCCAUUUCUCCAUUGUCCAAAUCCACGCGGCAUCUUCUGGUACCAGAACCGGACCCACGAUAUUAUUACACUCACCGAGCUCAUCAAGAAACCAUCACCAUCGACAGAGAUAACUUAAAACACGGAGGGGCCGUAGUGUAUCGACCGACGCCAGCGACUAUUCGAGUGGUCACCGCUUUACUGGGUGAUCUCUGCACCGACGACAAGGAUUGCACUAUACCGAACAGCGAAUGCUCAAAGGGCGGCUGCAUCUGUUCCGAGGGCUACGCGGAAACCAGUGAUCGGCAGGAGUGCUUCGCCAAUUACGUUCCAGUGACGCCAACCCAGGAAUUUCGCGCGUGUCUCUCUUAUCCCUGCCACAUGACCUCGACCUGCAUCGACUUGCCCAGUGCAACAUUCGUCUGUAUCUGCCGACCAAAUUACACCGGGCUGCUAUGCGACGUGGAGAUCAAGAAGCGAGAUUACGAGAUACCCUCUUUUGACGGCAAAAGCUACGUCAGGAUGAAGCGGCUGAAAGCGUAUCACAAAUUCAGCAUUGAAGUCGAGUUCAAGACCUAUGCGGACAAUGGAAUCAUAUUAUACAAUCAACAGAAAAAUGACGGUACCGGCGAUUUUGUUUCGCUGGCCAUUGUUGACGGAUACGUACAGUUCAGAUAUAAUCUUGGAAAUGGACCCGUGGUGCUCACGUCACCGGAAAGGGUGACCAUGAAGACGUUCCACAGAGUGGCGGCUAAAAGAUAUCAUAAGGACGGAGUGUUGAUUUUUAACGACGGUGAAGACGUGGCCGGACAAAGUCAGGGAAUGCUGAAGUCUUUGGACUUGAAUCAAGAUACCUUCAUUGGAAACAUGCCAACUAAUUACUCCAAGGUUUACGACAACAUCGGUACCAGCCACGGUCUUCUCGGCUGCAUACGCAAACUGAAAAUCAAUCGGAAUAACAUAGAUCUCCAUGUGGGGCCUGACAACAGCGACGUACUCGAGAGCUAUCGCGUGAAGGAAUGCGGCGACAACGCGUGCGCCAAUCUACCCUGUCAGAACGGCGCGACGUGUCAGCCAAUCUUCGAGGAGGAUCUAUGCAAUGGCCGGGAUUGCAGGAGAUUACAGAAGAGAGGCAAGAGCAGAGAUGGCAACAAUAGAGGUGGGACCGGUCACAAGAUUGUCGGAAUGAACAUAGUCAGAUGCAGAGGUUCCCACUGUACGUCGACCAGACGAGAACCAACCGAUCGGAGGAGAACUAAGAAGAACACGAGGAAAGGCGAUUAUGAAUCCGAGCUGCAGUAUGAGAAGAAUUACGACCACGCCAAUUAUGCAGUAGAGAAGUUCGAACAAUUGGACUACAAAUGCAUAUGCCCACCGCAAUUCACCGGCAGGAACUGCGAGGAAUCGCUGGACCCGUGCAUGAAUGAGCCCUGCCAGAAUGGUGCCACCUGCGACAUCCUGCCGCAGGGAGGAUAUGUGUGCAAGUGCCCGCCCGGUAGAACUGGAGAACAUUGCGAAAUCAUGGACGCCGAAUUGACGGAAUUGUUGAUUCCGGAAAUGAAUGGGAACGGAUAUUUGGAGCUGCCUUGCUUGGAGGGUGUCGCGAAAGCAUUCUCCAUCGAAUUAUGGUUUCUCACGCGCGCGAACGACGGUCUUUUGCUCUACAAUGGCCAGUUGAAUAACGGCAGGGGUGAUUUCAUCAGUCUGAAUCUGGUGCACGGUAGGCUGGAGUUCAGAUUCAAUCUCGGUAGCGGUAUUGCGAAUAUCACGUCCCCGGACCCGGUCACGCGAGAUAUGUGGCACUGCGUGAGGAUUAACAGACUCGGCAGAGAGGGUGCUCUUCAGCUAGAUGACGGAACCGUUGCUAGAGGAUUGUCCGGAAGUCCUCUUACAGAAUUGAAUUUGGAAAUGCCGCUUUACGUUGGUGGUGUCAAGCAUUGGCGAGAAGUUCAUCGCCUGUCCGGAGCCUGGACCGGAUUAGUAGGUGCUGUGCAGAGAUUAAUGGUAAACGGUAAAACAUAUCAGAACCUCGCCGUGAAUGUUACUCAACAUAACACGGAGAUUUACGAUGGUCUACCGUGUCCCAGCAAUGAGAACCCUUGCCACAACGGCGGAGUCUGCCUACCGCUCCUGAACAGUUAUCUCUGCAAAUGCGCUAGUGGUUAUAACGGCUUACAUUGCGAAUUCUUUAUGGGCUACGAUGUGUCCGGCACCGAAAUAUCGGAGCGACCCGUGCGCUUUGAGGGCGACAAUUUCCUGCAAUUUAAGCAUCGCUAUGGAAGAAGUACUAACUCGACUAACACUACCCUCGGCGAGUACUUUGAGGAGUCCUACUCCGACUACGACUUGGAGGAGGAUGUCGACUACGAGUACGACAGUUACGAUUAUACGGAACGCAGAGCACAGCAAUCGAACAAGUUUGAGCUGCGGCUAAGGACAAUACAUCCCGAUGGUCUUAUUGCAUGGGUGGGAAGAGGCAAGAUGGAGCAUCUCUUUUUGUCUCUGCAUGACGGUCAUGUGGUGCUCACUUAUAAGAGCAAAAUUGAUGAAGAGAUAUCUGUGAAGAGCAAGGAGAGAGUGGACGACGGUGUUUUCCAUCACAUCCGAGCGUCCCGACGACGAAAGGCGUGUACGAUUCAGAUCGACGAGAACGCGCCCGUCAAGAUCUCGAUAGAUACGACGUUACUGACGACCAACGGAAAAAUCUUCGUCGGCGGCAAGCCUAGCCACCGCGGCAUCAAAGGCUGCGUGACGGACUUUAUCAUCGACAAGCGACGGCUGCAGCUCGCCAGACGGAAGAUUGAUUUCUGCCACGACAACGACGUAUGAUAACGAAUCCCGAGUCCGACGAUCGUCAACGCGACGUCGAUAUCAAAGAACCUCAUCAAUCCGCCGAUGACGCAGCCUUCGUCGUCGUUGUCGACGACGAGUUGAUCGCGCGAUACAAACGCGAGCCUAAAUCGCACGCGGCGGACCAAGAUCGACGAUUGCCUAGACAUCGAAAACGACAACGUAUCCUGACGAUCGUCAACUCCACCCUCACGCCGUUGGAGACUCGACAGACGUCUCUGGUGUUCCUAGCGAAUUAACAAACUGAACACAAAAGUGCAACGAAGUUCGCCGUCGAAAUAAAAUGUGAAAGAAUCGUGUCUAACUCGACUAAGCGACGUGUGAUUCCUGUCAAAGUUGUGCGAAGAGAUGAUCCUCGUUUACGCGAGUCCUUGACCAUAGCGCGCGUCUCAUGGAAAGGCGUAUCCCCAUCAUCAGUAUCAUAUUCCCCCAAAAAAUGAAAUUCUCAUAGGACUGCAGAUAAAAUUAUCGAAAAUUCUACACGAAAAAAAAAAAAUUCGAUCCUGCGCGUGUUCCUUAUAAAAUGACUGUCACAAUAGGACCAGAACUGUCCUUCCAUUUUUUAAGAUCAUUCAUGGAAGAAUCAUUUAUUUGGGAGAACGAGAAUUAAAAUUCGACAUGGACCAGGAUUUUUGGUCUUAGAUAGCGUCUCUAUGAAACAGCAAAGAUAAUAAAUUUAUUACAUAAUCGAUGGCAUCGUUUAUUUAAAACUUGAACGUUUGAAUGAGAUGGGAGCGAGAACGAGAACCAAAAUACUUUCACUUUAGAACGCAGGGUCGUCCGCCUAAGAAGACGAUUACGCUGCUGAGGAUCGUACUUGGCGAGUACUGCUUUCUCAUAGGGCCAUCCAAUAAAUAAGUAAUAAGGGAUAAAGAAAAAAGUGCUCAGUCGUAACAGCAGCGGCCGACCACGUCGUCAAGCUGUAAGAAGAGAACCGCAAGGGUCGAUCGCGAUUUUUUCACGUUUAUAUUGUUCAGAUACCAGAGAUACCCAUCGUGUCGAGAUCAUCAUCGCGCGUGAAAGAAGAGACACGGAGAAGGAGGAGGAGGAGGAGGAUGAAGAGAAGCGGAAGCGAAUUAAGUGCUACGUUUUCAUCGAAAGACAAUAAUAUAUUUUUAAGGCGACACGAGAUUAAUAUACAUACAUUGAUACAUAUAUGUACGUAUGAAUCUAUCUGUAUACGCAUGUGGCGAACGCGCUCGCGCGUGUACGUGCGAGCGGCGUUUAGCGAAUUUAGAGAAAGAGCGUGGUCCGCUCAAAGCGGAAACCUCGUCGUAGAAUCUGUAACUUAUAAGUUGUACUGAUGCACGUAAACGUUUUACGAUGCCAAGACUGAUUAAAGCGCACGCAGGCGGCGAGAAACGACUAGAAGGAAAAAGCGACAUGAAAAAACGAAAAGCGAAGGGGAAAGAAACAAAAAAAAAGAAACGAUAAAUCGGUGUUAUGUUUGAGUGUUCGGUAGAGAGAUUUAAAUGACCGUGGAUUUCCCGGAAUAGAGGAAAUAUGUAUUUUAAAGGACUUGUUGAUUUAUUGCCAGUAUAUAGUAGACAAACUCACGCGACACGACACUGUUGUUUUUAGAUAGGGGAGGCUUUUUACAAAUUGCGCAAGAGAAUAAAUAUAUUAUAUAUAUAAAUAUAUAUAUUAUACGUACUACUUAUAUACAGAGGGUUCUACAUUCCAUUGCAAUGGACGCAAAUCGGGGUCAAGUUUUACGUAGAUAGACGCAGUUGACAAUGGCCACAAUAAGCGCGAUCCGUGACCGUUCAAAUCUCUCGCGAAUUGUAGAUCUGAAAAUAUGAUUUCAACAAAAUGUAUUCUAUUUUGUAAGCAGUCGUUUAAAUUUGUUUAAACAGCUUGACGUUUAUUCAUUUCUCUUGUGGCUUUAAUUUCCAUUAUUAAACAUCUGGCAUUUAUAUAAGCAUCGGAACAACUUAUUAUUUAUACUAUUUAAGUAACUAUUAUAUUGUCGAAAGUGUUCGACUUGAAUUAUUACGAUUUAUAUAUCCUAGGUUACGUAAUUAUUAUUAAUUGAAUACAGUCAAUUGGCUGACAAGUCGAAUAUUAGUUCCGUUAAGCUUGAUUACAAGAUUUUAUCGCUAUUUUAAUGCGAAUGGCUACUUCAAGGGAAUUUAUUGUAAUUGGUCUUAUCACGCUGAUAAUCGGAAUUUGAACGCGAAUGGACUUCUCGCGGCAAUUAACGUCUUGCACAAUUAACGUCUGCGUUACGAUGCAACACAAGAUUUUUCGCGCAGCAGCAACGAUCCAGGCGGAUCAAUCAAUCCUCGAUGAAUUAACUCGCAUUCGGAAAUGCCGACGCGAAAAGAAGAGUUCUGCGCGAGUGACCUGUAAAUAAUUCCAGACGCGCUGCUAAAUAACGAAUUGAAGUAUUCGUUUUAGAGUGUACGAUACUAUAACCGGACCUAAAGAUCAUCGUAACGACCUAAUUACCGUAACCAAUUCACGGAUUAGCCUUCGAACGAUGCUCGCGAUGUGCAUCAUUUAUUUUUCGCGUGACUCAAUUAAAAGAGCGCAUUAUAUGCACGCAUAUAUAAUAUAUAAAUAAAUAAAUAUAUAUAUAUAUAUAUACAUAUACAAAUAUACAAAUACAAUAUAUAGACAACCAUACGCACGUAUGUCGAGCUAAUGAUGUGAACGUGUUCUUCCCUUCGGACGAAAUAGCUAAACGCCCUGCAAGUUAAUCAACAUGGAACUUGUUCUUACCUGUACCCUCGCAAUCAUUGUUGAUAAUUUAAACACCAUCAAACGUUUCCAUCCCUGUCUCUUUCCGCGAACGAAACUAAAAUGCGUACGGUCUAUUGUGCAAAUGAUUAUCAUAAUAAUAAACGAAAUUAUUAAAAAACUAUCGCUAAGAAAAAUAGCUUAAAAAGAUAUUUUUAUUUUGUUUGAAAGAUUCGUAGAAGAGGUGAAAAUGCUAAGUGCUCUUCGUUUUUCGGCGGAAUCGUCAAUUCUCGAUCUCGCGAACGGGCGGAGCAGGACAGGUUGGAAACGUUCGGCGGUUGUUUACGUGAUUAUAUCACCGAGCGGAAACGCUUCCUUCCGGUCACGUAAACGUCGUUGGAAUAAGAUCGGUGUCGGAGCGACGCAAAGGGUUCCUCGAGAAAUAUCUCGUGAUGUACAACGGCACGUUCAACGACGGGCAUGUUUCUACACGAAACCCCCUUGAUAACGCAUGACGCAUGAGAGACACCGUCGAAUUUCGCUGUUUUCCUACCACCAAGAGAAACUGUAAUUCACUUUAGUUGCUGCGAGCGUCUUGACCUUGUUCGCUUGUCAACGUUGCGCUAAUCCCGCGGACACAGAAACAGAUCGAUUAGUACAAAUGUGGAUUUUCCGUGCAAGAAAACGUGUAGCGAAUUUACAUCAAUAUCCAAUGCGAAAAGAAUGAUGUUAAUUAACCGCGCUCAAGCUUGAGAACGCAGUAGAAAAUGCAGCGUAUAGUCAGACCCAAAGUACAUCCAUGAAAUCGAGGAUAACACGCAUUAAAAAGAUUUUAAAAAAGCAAUAUAUAAUUUUUAAAAACGCAAAAAAUGUUGCAAAGAAAAAAAAAGGCUAAUUUAUGAAAAUGUCGGGAUAAUAUUGCACUGUUGGCAAUCGAACUUAAUGCAACUCGACUUAAGAAACUAUAUAAUAGUGAUCGCAGUGUAAUUUACGACUAUUAGCGAAUGCUGCAGUAAUUACACAGAAAGAAACAACGCUUGCUUCUGUAAGGAGCAUCAAUGGGCGAUCGAUAAAACUACGCAACGUCCAUGACCACAACGCAUCGAUCAUCGUUGUAAAUUGUUCGUUGUUAACAUCACCGGAGACAAUGUAUAGAAGGCUUGAUUCAAACUAAGGGUUCAGUGACUCUUUGCAAUUAGCUUGGUGUUAACGAAUAGAUGCAUGUCAAAUCUCUCAAUCGUGAAAACAUAAUCUGAAAGGCAUGAUUACUUACGUAUAAUUUAGAUUAAAAAAGAAACGCGUACUUUGCGUAGAUGAUUUGGCUUUUUUAUAUGUAAUGUAUAUAAUAAUAUAAGAUUCAUAUCGUAAUAUAAGACUGCAUUCUUUUAAAUGUAAGACUGCAUUUUCUCAAUUGUAUAAUAUGAAUUGUGUAAUUUUUUCUUAAUUUUAUAUCAUAAUUAUUAUAUAUAAUAUUAUACAUUUAAGCUUAUGUUUAUUAAAUUACAGACAUAUGCAGAUGAUGGUAAAGUUUUGAAUUCGCAAAUUUGUGUACAAGUUGAAUAAUUGUAUGUAACAUUUAUAAAAUAAGCAAAGUAUCGCCAAUACUGACAUAGGUCUUUUAGUUGGGGCGAUACCCUCUAUUUCUCAUAAACUAAACAUUACACUUUAUUAAUUCUGAUGAAAAACAUGAUCUGCUUAAUUAAAGAAGUAAAAAUCCAUAAUUCACGUAUUUGUGGGUCGCUUUUCUUAUUUUUAUGAUUUUUUUUGUAAAUUGCAUAAUUUAAACAAUAGCGAGUAUAUCGUUAAUAAUAUUAGAUAUUACUUCACAUACAUGUUUACAGUACCUUAAAAAUUUUAUUGAUAUUUUUCUCUUUCAUAAUGUGUAUGUGAUUUUAAAUAUAAAAUUAAAAUGCAAAUUAAACUGAUAUACUUAUCCGAAUAUAAAAUGGACUAUAAAGUAAUAGAAAUUAUAAAAUAGAAAAAAAGGGCACAGCAUUGUGAGAUGUGUCUAUUUAUUACGUCAAUAACCUAAUCUAAUUUUUAUACAUUUUUAUAUAUUUUAUAUAUUAUUUUUAUAUAUUUUAUAUAUUGUCGCGCUACAUGUUGCAGCUUGCAAAACAAUAUGUCUGUAUAAAUUAUUUAAAAAAAUUUUAUAUUGAAAUAAAAAGUUUCUAAGCAUGUCCACAUAUAUAUUAACUUUUAAAUAUUUUAUACAGAUAAUUUAUGUAAAAGAAGAAAUGAAAAAUGCAGCAUUAACAUGUCAGUAUUGACGACUUCUUUGAACUAAUGCGUUGCUUAAUUUAAAAAUAUAGAAUUAUUUAUAAUUGAAUAUAAGUAAUAUAAUAAAAAGGUACAUAUAUAAUGAUAUAUAGAAUUGUAUAAGUUAGCGUGAAAUUAUUUUCUUAUGGGUAUGUUAAACGCAAAAGUAGCCUUUCAGGAACGUUUUCAACGUUCGUAAUAUCUCAAUUCAAUUAAAUCCGUCCCUAAUAGUGUGAAUCAAGCCCUAUUGAUUUCGGCCCAUAUUGACAUCCAACAUUUACCGUUAAACAUAUCUAUAUCAGAAUAGUAACGAGGCUGAUGAAAGGCCGACUUUCUUCAUGGUAAUAAAAAAAAAAGUAGUACAGCCGUAUUUGACGCUAAAUGUGAAGGAUCAAUGUGUGGCCUGAAAUAUACGCUUACGCAUGAAAUUGCGGCGAACAUCGUCGGGUUUCUUCGACCCGCACUGGAACAUUCUUUGUACGCAUAUGUUGUGGUAUUUCAUGAAAAUCCUUACUUUGUGAGGAGCCAGAAACUGAUGUAAAACGCAAAAGACAUAUCUAACAUAUAUGUUAAAGAACGCCUAGGAAUCGCAACAAAGAAGAUAUAUAUAACAAUAAGAUACGUAAAAGCGUUAAGAAUUUUAAUGCGAUUUACAUCACGGCUUUUCACGGUGUAAUUAAAAUCGUGAAAUACGACACUCUUACGACAUAUCGAUCAAUCGCGAUCGCUGUCCAAUUGAACCAUAUCCGCGAGCAACGCGAAUAUCAAUCGCGCGCAAUCUCCGUACACAUAUCCCUCCCUUUUCGACACGCGAACUUUUGUCUUUUGGAAGGUUUUUUAUCCUCCCCGUUUUAUCUUAUUGUCGACAUAUCGAACUUACACCCCGGUAACGAGAACCGGGAGACUCAACGGAGAGAGAAGCAAUUAUUGAACAUCUUUAUCCUAUCGCAAUUUUUGCUCACAUUUAUAAUCGGAGACGAGAUGAGAGAGAAAAACUGAAGGAAGACUAUAUGUAUAUGCGCUUCUCGAGACUCUAUGCAAACUUGUUGCGAAUUACAUAUCUAUUAUAGAUAUUUUUGAUAUUCUCGAAGACACAUUUCUCCAUUUACUUUAUACAUUUUUUUUUCUGUCGGAUCUAUUUAGUUUUCCAAUUAAAUAAAUUAUAAUACGAAGAAGCGUUGAAAUUUAUAUGCGUGACGAGCAUAUUUAUUUGUAUUGAGACUUUUAUUUAAUAAAACGAAAUUACCACUUCGAUCGAGUCGGAGGAAGACGUGGAGAGGAAGAAAGGAGACAUGUAGGCUUCCGUUGCAAUAUACGACUAACGCUACUGCCAGUUUAGAGAUAGAAACCCUACAAUCGAUGUUUUACUCGGAAGGCGUGAACGUACAUGUUUUGAUGAUCGAUAUAUUCGUGAAAUCAUCGAGUGCUGUAUCGAACUUAUUGCCUUUGAAAGUGCGAGAGGAUCGGCCUUCUGUUUCUCACCGCUCGUUCGGCGCCAGAAAUGACAAUUUGCCAGUACGAUGAAAUGUGAAUAUUCACGAUUCACGAGAUUUAUCAAGCCGGAUAGCCGGAGAAUGCACGGCGAAAUUCAAUCAGUAGCGCUGAACACGCGGUGAAGAUAUGAGGCUCCGGUCUGUCCUGCAACACGUUGAAGAAGCUUAUCGGAGCUUCCGCUUGGAUGGACAUUAAAUAUCCCAUUUCAGCGUCGCCGCCCAUCUUUUCCGCGCGAGAGAUAUACGCGGCAGGACGCCCCUCUUUAUUAAUUAAUUUUUCUUUUUUACUUUGAUAUCGUCUUUACUGAGAUCACCUGGCGUUCGCUGACCUAAAGUAAUCGAGCUACACUGUGUAACAAAGUGCGCGUUGUAAAGUGACUGUAUAUACAAAUAUAAAUUAUGCGAUUAA